CGUGCCGGCACGGCUGCGGGCAUGGUCCUGGAGCAGAAGCUGUGAAACUUAGCGGUCAUGGCUACUCACAUCACUCUCUACACUGGCGCCAAGAUGCCCAUCCUGGGGCUGGGCACCUGGAAGUCCCCACCAGGCAAAGUGGCUGAAGCAGUCAAGGCCGCCAUCGACGUGGGCUACCGCCACAUUGACUGUGCGCAUGUGUAUCAGAAUGAGAACGAGGUGGGCUCGGCCAUCCAGGAGAAGAUCCAGCAGAAGGUGGUGAAGCGAGAGGACCUCUUCAUUGUCAGCAAGCUGUGGUGCACAUACCAUGAGAAGAGCCUGGUGAAAGGCGCCUGCCAGAAGACUCUGAGCGACCUCAAGCUGGAUUACUUGGACCUCUACCUGAUCCAUUGGCCAACUGGCUUCAAGCCCUCUAAGGAGUUUUUUCCACUCGAUGAGAAUGGCAAAGUGAUUCCCUCUGAGACGGACUUUGUGGACACAUGGACGGCCAUGGAGGAGCUGGUGGAUGAAGGAUUGGUGAAAGCCAUUGGGAUCUCCAACUUCAACCACCUGCAGAUUGAGAAGAUCCUAAACAAGCCUGGCCUCAAAUACAAGCCGGCAGUGAACCAGAUCGAGUGCCACCCCUACCUCACGCAGGAGAAGCUGAUCCAGUACUGCCAGUCCAAAGGCAUCGCCGUGACGGCCUAUAGCCCACUCGGCUCACCCGACAGGCCCUGGGCCAAGCCGGAAGACCCCUCCCUGCUGGAGGAUCCCAGGAUCAAAGAGAUUGCAGCCAAGCACAAGAAAACCACAGCGCAGGUGCUCAUCCGCUUCCCAAUGCAAAGAAACUUGAUCGUCAUCCCCAAGUCUGUGACGCCUGAACGCAUUGCCGAGAACUUCAAGGUAUUCGACUUUGAACUGAGCAGCGAGGAGGUCAAGACCUUGCUGAGCUUCAACCGCAACUGGAGAGUCUGUGCGCUGGUGAGCUGCACCUCACACAAGAACUACCCCUUCACUGUUGAGUUUUGAAACCUGAGUAUCUACACAGAGCAGCCUGCUGCCCUUCCUUCUGCCUUCUUCCCUGUCUCCAUCCUCUCCCUCAUCACGGCCAUCUAGCUGGGGUCCCUCUAUGCUAUUCAGCAUCCUGCACCCUCACCCCCAUACCAGCUGCUAGAGAUGGCGCCCAAGAACAGGAUUAGUGGUUUUGAAGCCUCCUCUUAUCUGGCCAGGGAAACCACCAGAAAA